UUUCAAACAUCAACACCCGUAACAACAAUGAGUUCUUCUAACAUUCAACUGUUUCGCCAGCUAUCCGCUAAAAAUCCUUGCAAACGUCGCUUCACUCCGCUUCGAGGACAAUCUGGGGCCAAACGUCGCGGCGGAAAGGGAAAUGCUGCGAGUCAAGACAACAUCCGCGAACUUCAACCUCACUCAACCAUCAACACAACUUCAAACUCCGCUUCAUCCGCUCCACCUGCCAAUCUCGAGGAUAUUCUUGCCGGAAUCGAGAAAAUCAAAUCCCAGCUUGUUCAGCAUCAAGGUGCCAACUAAAAUCGCCAACAUCACUCCGCUUUUGUCAACAAGGUCCCAUCAUCCGCGUCUUUCACUUCUCCAGCCAAUCAUGAGCACAUCUUGACUGGGCUCAAGGGAAUUGAAUCCCAACUUGUCCAGCAUCACGGAGCCAGCAGCAGCUUCCAAGCAGCGCCACAUCACUCAAUUAACAAAUUUGAGCGUAUUCUGGCUAAGAUCGAGGGACUGGGAACCCAGCUCACCCAGCAACAAGAAAAGUUGGCAGAAAUCCGCUCAUUCAUUAUCGAGUGUAUGCAAGACCGCUAAAUGGCUACCCAUCAACAUCAUCCGCGAAUUUUUAAUUUUAUUUCUUUGUUUUUUGUUGUAAAAAAUGUUGAUUAUUAAGCAAUAUCGUUGACCACAGCCUUUU